AUGGCCGACGCAGAGCUCCCGGCCGAGGAGCAACCGCAGCCAGGAGCAGCGGAGGGAGAUGUCGCGCAAACAGCAGAGGCGGGCCAGCCCAUGAGCAAAAGCCAAAUGAAGAAGCUGAAGAAACGCCAGUACUAUGAGGAGAAGAAGCAGAAGCGCAAGCAGGCCGAGAAGCAGCAGAAGCAAGCGGACCUGGAGCGGCGGCGGGAAGCGGGCCGGCAGCGGAUCGCGGCAAUGACAGAAGAGGAGCAGAAGAAGUGGAGGGAGGAGCGGGAUGCGCGGGGGCUGGCGCGGAAGCACGAGCGGCAGGAGGCCCGGGCACGCAUGGAGAAGGCCCUGGACAUAGGGCAGAAGAUUGUGAUCGACCUCGACUUUGCCGACCUCAUGACCGACACCGAGCUGCGCUCCAUCUGCCAGCAGCUGGGCUACUGCUGGCACAUCAACUGCGCCGCCAAGCACCCAGCCCACCUGGCGCUGACCAGCCUGCAGGGCAAGAUGCGGGAGGUAAUGGGCAGGCAGAUCAGCGGCUACCUCAACUGGCAGGCCACCACCACGGAGAAGCCAUACAUAGAGCACUUUGCCGACUGCAAGGACAGGCUGGUGUAUUUGACGGCAGACAGCGAGAAUGAGCUGCAAGAGCUGGACCCUGAGGCCAUCUACAUUGUGGGAGGCAUCGUGGACCGCAACCGCCACAAGCUGCUGUGCUACAACAAGGCAGAGGAGCAGGGCAUCGCGCACGCGCGGCUGCCGAUUGGCGAGUAUGUGCGCCUGGCGAGCUCCCAGGUCAUGACCACCAACCACAUCAUCCACAUCCUGCUGCACUGGCUGGAGCUGAGGGACUGGAAGGCAGCCUUUGAAGCCGUCAUUCCAAACCGGAAGCGCAAGGGAGGCGAGGAUGAGGAAGCCGGGCAGCUGGAGGAGCAGCAGGAGGGGCAGGAGGCUGGUGAUGAGGGGCAUGGGGACGCAGCACAGCAGGUCCCAGCCAAGCGGCAGGACCGGGGUGAGGGGGAGCAGCCUGCAGCUUGGGAGGCUGCUCUAGGAGGCCAGUCUGGGAAAAAGGCUGGCGAGGAGCAGCAGCAGCCGCAGGCACAGGCAGAGACUGGAGAGGAACGAGCACACUGA